AGAGCUUUGUUGUGACAACUCAACAAUAUGGAUUCGAGCGCAAGGGAAAAAGUAAUGGAUCCCCGCGGAUGACAUGAGAGUACAUCAAGACAGAAUUUAAAUUUUGGGGUUACCUGUAAAUUAAAACCAAACAACAAUGCAAUCGCGAACUAACCUCAAUCGGAAUACCAGCAUGCAAAGGCCAGAUCCUCCACCACGGAGACCAAAACUGAUUCAUCGAGGUCCCCCAGCAAGAUACCGUCUACAUACAGAGAGAAAAUUGCUUGAUGACAAUGGAAAAGUCAGGAAAUGGACCUUUGGGAAAAGAGAUGCCAGUAAACCAAAUAAAAUCAUUCUGCUGGUGGGAGAGACUGGCGUUGGUAAGACCACCAUCAUCAACACCAUGGUCAACUACUUAAUAGGAGUGAAGUUUGAGGAAGAAACUUGGUAUGAAAUCACAGAAGAAGAAGCCAGAGAUCAGUCAGAAUCCCAAACCUCUGAAAUCACCAUGUAUGAGGUCUUUCCUGUGAAGAGCUCCAUUUCUCUCACCAUCAUUGAUACUCCAGGUUACGGAGACACUAGAGGACUGGAGAAAGAUUUGGAAGUUGCAGAGAAUUUAUCUGCUCUGUUUCAGAACAAUGAUGGAGUUCGAGAAGUCGAUGCUGUGUGUUUUGUGAUUCAAGCGGCAAAGAAUCGUCUCUCAGACAGACAACACUACAUUAUCAGCUCAAUCCUGUCUCUGUUUGGGAAAGACAUUGUGAACAACAUUGUGUUUUUAAUCACACACUCUGAUGGUCUUCCUCCUAAAAAUGUCCUCGGUGCCAUUAAUAAAGCUAAAAUCCCCUGCAGACGAGACAGAGAAGGCCAACCUGUUCAUUUCAUAUUCAACAAUCGUCAAGCUGAUGCCCGUCACAAUGAGAAACGCUACAAUCGUGCUCAAAGAGACGCCUGGGAAGACAGCAUGGAUGGCAUGAAAGAAUUCUUUCAAUCUCUGACUGCAAGGAACAGAAGAAGUUUAGAGUUGACUUCAGAUGUCCUGAUUGACCGCAUUCAGUUUGAAGCUUCCAUAAGCAACUUACAACUGAGAGUCCAAGAGAAAGAGUCGAAGAAGUCUGAAAAGAUUCAGAUUCAGGAGGCAAUAAAACAGAACAAGGAAAAGAUUGAGGAGCGAAGAAAUUUUGGCAUAACCGUAAAAAAGACAGUCAAAGUGAAGGUACCCAUUGAGAACGCAUCAUGGAAAAACAGAAAGGCGACGACCUGCACCGUCUGUGAGGAAAACUGCCAUGAGUUUGACUGCUGGUGGGUUUCUAAUCCUAGCCAAUGUGAAGUCAUGAGAAAUGGUUUCUGCACUGUGUGCACAGGGAAAUGCCACUACAGCAAGCACGUCAAAGAGAACAAGAAAUAUGUAAUCAGCACUUCAAGCUACAUGAUGGAGUUUGACUACAUAAAAAAGGAAUAUGAAAAAGUUCAAAAACAAACCAAGACAUAUUUAGUUUUAAUGCAAGAUCUUGAAGAAGAGUUGAAGGAGAUUGAGGAACAAAAGCAAAUGUUACUGUCAGAUGCUUACCACAACAUCAAGCAUCUGUCUCAGAUCGCACUAAAACCAGACUCUGCCUUCACUCUCCAGCAUCUGGACUUCUUCAUCCCCAGAGUGAAGGAGGCUGGGAAAGAAGAAUGGGUUCGAGAGCUGGAGGAGAUGAGAAGACAAGCAGUAGCUGAAGAAGCCAAUAAAGACGCUCUGAGUUACCUGAAAGCUGGACUGGCUAAACUCUUCCUUGGUGAAAAAUGACUGAAUCCACCAGCUCAGUCACAAAUCAAUGCAGGUGUUCAAUUCAGUACACACGAUUUUCUACUUCACUCUUAGACCAGAGAAUGCUUGUAUACAGUAUAAGUGAAUAUAUGAGAUGACAUUUCUACUAUUUGUGCUAACCACGAUACUGAUACCAUGAACUGAAUAAUCAUUGAACUCCUCUGCACUAGUCUUCAUCAGUCUGCUGAACUCUAUUUGCUUGAUAUCCUUCAUGUCCUUCUCAGUGAUGGACUCAUAUCCGUUUAAUAUUGCAUGUUCAUGUUUAUAGUCUGCAAUGUUUAAAGCGCUAUAGAAGACAAUGAUGACUUGACAUUAGAUAAAAGCUUGUCUGUGCAGUAUUACAGGAAUGAAACAACCGUAUUAUACUACUGAACAUAUUACACUAUUAGUCAGCUUGUGUAUUUUAUUUAAAUUGUUGUAUACUAUAUAAUAGUCUCAUGACUUUAAUACUACUUUUGUCCUUCAA